AAUUCACGGUUCGUGUUGGGCUAGACUCCCUCUCUUUUUGCCCCAAUUUAUUUCUUUCUCUUCGGCUUCCUUUCUUCUCUCUCUCUUCUGCAGACGCCGUGAGAGAGGGAGCGAAGCGAUCACAGGAGAAGUCAUAAAUGAUCGGAUUUAAGCUAAUCUCCGGGUUGUUCGAAGCCCUAACCUUAACCCUAAAUUUUCUGGUCAUGUAGUUUUCGUUCUUUUACUACAAAUUCGGAUCUCGUGUUUCGUCUUUAGAAGAAGGAAAUCAACCUGUCGGAGGGAGGGAAGCAGGAGGCGAGGAGGAGAUGACGAGGAGGUGCUCGCAUUGCAGUCACAAUGGGCACAAUUCCAGGACUUGCCCUAACAGAGGUGUCAAGCUCUUCGGGGUCCGAUUAACGGAUGGAUCGAUCCGAAAGAGUGCUAGUAUGGGGAAUCUGACGCACUACACUGGAUCAAGCAGUAAUAAUCAUCACCACAACAAUACUCCUGGUUCGCCGGGCGAGACGCCUGAACACGGCGCGGCCGCUGACGGUUAUGCUUCCGAAGAUUUUGUCCAGGGUUCUUCUAGCUGUCGUGAGCGGAAGAAAGGGGUGCCAUGGACCGAAGAGGAGCAUAGAAUGUUUCUCCUUGGCCUGCAGAAGCUUGGUAAAGGUGAUUGGCGUGGGAUAGCACGAAACUAUGUCAUAUCAAGGACGCCAACUCAGGUGGCAAGCCAUGCUCAGAAAUAUUUUAUUCGGCAAAGCAAUGUAUCCAGGAGGAAAAGACGAUCUAGCUUGUUUGAUAUCAUAGCUGAUGAAACGGUUGAUACUCCAUCAGCACAAGAACUAUUGCCCACAAGCCAUCCACAAGCUGAAACACAAAGCAACAAUCCAUUACCAGUUCCUACAGCUUUGGAUGAAGAAUGUGAGUCAAUGGAUUCUACAAACUCCAAUGAUGGUGAACCUGCCCCUCCAAAGCCAGAGUCUACACAAUCUAGUUAUCCAGUAAUAUUUCCUGCCUAUUUCUCCCCUUUCUUUCCCUUUUCCUUCCCCUUUUGGCCGGGGUACACUGCAGAGGCGACAACAAAAGAGACCCAUGAGGUUGUUAAGCCAACAGCUAUACAUUCAAAAAGUCCUAUCAAUGUUGAUGAGCUGGUUGGAAUGUCCAAGCUAAGCUUAGGAGAAUCCCUUGGUAAUUCAGGCCCCUCAUCGCUCUCACUCAAAUUACUUGAAGGUUCCACCAGGCAGUCUGCUUUUCAUGCUAAGCCGGCCACAGGUCCCUCAAGCAUGGAUACGAGCAGCAAUCCCAUCCAUGCAGUCUGAUAUGCACUGAAUAGUUGAGUUGAGCCUGAAACUGAAGGUCAGCUUAGUGCUGAAUGAUCCUGCAGAAUUCCUGUUAAUACAAGAAGAAUAAUGUGCAGUUCGGGUUUGUAUGCUUUAGUUAUAUUUUUGUUUUUUGUUUUUUGUUUUUUUUCUUUCUGCUAAGGACUCUGCUUAAUAAAUCUGAUUCGUAGGAAUAACCAACCUAACCAUGUUUUUUGGAAGUUUAGAACCCUUUGUGACCUUGUAUCCUCUUUGUUAAAAAGAAUUAAUCUUAACAUAUAUUCUUAGGGUUUACUUCCCCCAGGAGGUGAA